CGAUUUCAUUCAGACGACAAACACCUCUUUCACUGACACCAAAUAAGUCGCAUUUGCACAGACAAAGACAUUGCCAUGCACGUUUCUUUCACCAACAUUGCAAUCGCUGCUGGCGUCUGCGGGCUGCUUCCCAAUGUUCUUGGCGACAAUCUCCCGGACCUCAGUACCAUUCCUCCUAGCUCUGGGCACACCGACCCCGCUAGCAUGUUGAUUCCUCGUGGAGACUUAUGCGGCAAUGGCAGUACCAAGAAAAGCCCCGGCUUUCCCUCGGAAGCUGGCAAAAGCAAACUACGAGACGCCUACAGUAAACUGAAGUUGGAGGAGGGCGCGGAUAUUGUUGUGCGGCCCUUGAAAUCUGGUGCCGACAACACCGAAGGCACAAUCUUCGAUGUUUUGAUGGAGAGUCCUUCCGGCACAUUCGGAAAGAACUUACCAGAGAGUUUAUACAAGGACGGCUGCAGGUCGGAUAAUGAGGAGGUUAUGGGACUUAUUGUUCAGACGCGCAAGGACUUGGCCGAGGUUAACUUUGUCUGCUGCUUCCGGAAGUAGAAGGUAGAGGCUUGUUAGGUGGCUUUUGUGUAUUGGG